GGAUCCGCGUUGGUUUUGACUUCAAGCUUUCCAGAGAAAGUUGCGCACGGCAUCGGGACUGGGUGCGCAACUUCCGGUUUGCUUUGCGCUCUUACGCACGAACCCUCGCGAUAAGGUGUUCCUAUGGUUACAAAUAACAUCCAGUGGAUAUAGAGGAGCCCAACUUCCCUGACAGUCCGGGUGACCGCCCACAGUCAACAGCGGAGUCUCCGGACGGCGCACGGAUCACCUGCGGGCAGGAGGAGCGCACCAGGCGGCGGCCGUCCAUGUGUUGCGCGCUCCACUCUCCACUUGGACCAAAACAAACUGACAGCGCCGCAGACUGAAGACAAACUCCACCAGGGCGCAGUUUUAUUGAGUGUUUUUUUGCUGUAAAUAUGGAUAAAGGCGUGUUUAUCAGCCCCUUCGUCAGACCUCGGUGUCUGGCGGCGGCGGCGCCGGCUGGAAAAGCCAAACUCACUCAUCCGGGGAAAGCGAUCCUGGCAGGUGGAAUUGCAGGUGGCAUUGAAAUCUGCAUCACCUUCCCCACAGAGUACGUCAAGACCCAGCUGCAGCUGGAUGAGAAGGCCAAUCCACCAAAAUUCAGAGGAAUAGGCGACUGUGUCAAGCAGACAGUACAGAGUCACGGCGUCCGAGGACUUUACCGAGGACUCAGCUCGCUGCUGUAUGGAUCCAUCCCCAAGUCUGCAGUCAGGUUCGGUGUGUUUGAAUUCCUCAGUAAUUAUGCAAAAGAUGAGUCUGGCCGGCUGGACAGCACCAGAGGGCUGCUGUGCGGCCUCGGAGCGGGGGUCAUGGAGGCCGUGCUGGUGGUCUGCCCCAUGGAAACUGUCAAGGUGAAAUUCAUUCACGACCAGACUUCAGCCAAACCCAAAUACAAAGGCUUCUUCCACGGAGUUAGAGAGAUAGUCAGAGCUCAAGGUUUAAGGGGGACGUAUCAGGGCUUGACUGCCACGGUGCUCAAACAAGGCUCCAACCAGGCCAUCCGCUUCUUCGUCAUGACCUCUCUCAAGAACUGGUACAAAGGUGACGACCCCAACAAGCACAUCAACCCCCUGAUAACGGGAGUCUUCGGAGCCAUUGCAGGAGCAGCCAGUGUGUUCGGGAACACUCCACUGGACGUCAUCAAGACGAGGAUGCAGGGUCUGGAAGCACAUAAAUAUAAAAGCACACUGGACUGUGCCAUGAAGAUCCUGAGAUACGAGGGCUUGACAGCUUUCUACAAAGGGACCGUUCCCCGGCUGGGUCGCGUGUGUCUGGAUGUGGCCAUAGUUUUCAUCAUUUACGAGGAGGUCGUGAAGGUCCUGAAUACCGUCUGGAAGACAGAAUGAACAGACGGGGCGGCACCGGGUGCAGACCUGAGUUCAGGUGAUACAGAGAGAUGAGCUCAGAUCUGUGUCAUAUACAGAGCAGGAAGUCAGAGACCUCACACUAGAGGCUUCAGAGAAAAAUAAAAGCCUGAAAAUAAACGCAGUGAACAUGUCACCUAUAUCUGCACAGCAGCAGUGGAAGUGACAAUAAGAAGAGCCACGAGUCUUUCACAAAGUGGGAUUAUAAAGUCAGCCAUGUAAUUAUGAAAAAAGGCAUUGUUCUAGAGAUACUUCACCUCUUUCUAAAUGUGAACUCACAGAAACAUGCUUCAUCCUCCUCUACUUGUGAUCACUUUACGCGGCUCACUGUUUUUAUAAGCCUGCUUUGUGAAACACCCUCUAGUGAAGAACAUCCCUUCUCCUCAUUCUGGCUGAUGUCCACUGCGAGUUUGCAGGUUUCAUUUUCUUGCAUUUCUGCGUUCUGUUCUAUUUCUCUUCUUGUGCCUAAAAAAAAAAAAAAAAAAGAUUUUAGCCCAGAGGAGCCAGACUGCAGCUAACAGUUUACAUUCCCA